GCAACGAAGCUGUAGGCGGCAGGUUCUCACUGGGUGUCUGACUAGUACUUUCUCUGCCUUGCUUGUUUGAGCUUCAGCAGAAUUUGAAAUGGCUGGCGGCAAGGCUGGGAAGGACUCCAGAAAGGCCAAGACAAAGGCGGUUUCCCGCUCGCAGAGAGGAAAUACGGUGGGCCGUAUUCAUGGACACCUGAAAUCUAGGGAGACCAUCCAUGGACGUGUGAGCGUGACUGCCGCUGUGUACAGCGCAGCCAUUCUGGAAUACCUUACCGUGGAGGUACUUGAAUUGGCAGGAAAUGCAUCAAAAGACCAGAAGGUAAAGCGUGUUACCCUUCGUCGCUUGCAACUUGCUAUUCGUGGAGAUGAAGACUUGGACUCUCUCAUCAAGACUACGAUUGCUGGUGGUGGUGUCAUUCCACACAUCCACAAAUCUCUGGGAAGAAAGGACAACAGAAGACUGUCUAAAGGAUGCCUGGAUUCCUUAUUAUCUCAGGACUCCACAUACUCUAACAGCUGUCCAGUGCUGGUGAUUCCAGUGUACUGUAUCUCUGUGAAAAACACAAUUUUGCCUUUUUGUAAUUCUGUUUGAGCAAGUUGGAAGUUUAAUUAGUUUUCCAAUCAACCAAAUUUCUGCAUUCUAGGCUUAACCAUAUUUAAGUGUUACUGUGGCUUCAAAGAAGCUAUUGAUUCUGAAGUAGUGGGUUUUGAUUGAGAUGACUGUUUUUAAAAAACUGU